CUCGGGAAGUGCGGUAGGGUAUUACAAGCUCAAACUCAGUGGGAUUAUGACCAGGUUUCGCUUCCAUGCAUGAAGGGUGCUGAUCAUGUGCACAUCGAAUAUGACUGUGUUUGGAACUUGGAUAGUG